UCUCUCUAUAUCCUCUGUUGUGUCUCUGUGGAAUAAUUACUCCCCCUCAUCGUCAUCGAUCACCAUGCAGACUCAUGAUCAGUACUCUAAUUUCUCCUACAUCGCGUCAUGUCUGGAAGCAGACCAAGUACUUGACGACGAACACUCCAUUUCCCUCUCCCUCGGACCUCCUGGCCAACACACCGUUUCUAAUUCUUCCAAGGUCAUGAACCCCUCUAUUACAUCUUCUUCCAACGACGUCGUUUCUCUGCAUCAUCAUCAUCAUCCCCAAAACCCUAUCUCUGAUCAUCUCGGCGUUACGGUGGCUCUUCACAUCGGCCUUCCUACCACCACUAACGCUGGUGCCACUUCUGGCAAACCCGACCCGCUCAUUGCUACUUCGCCUUCGGGUUAUGUUCCGGGUCAGUAUUGGAUUCCUUCACCUGCACAGAUCCUUAUCGGGCCCACCCAAUUCUCUUGCUCUGUCUGCAACAAAACCUUCAACCGUUUCAACAACAUGCAGAUGCAUAUGUGGGGACAUGGAUCGCAGUAUAGGAAAGGGCCAGAAUCUCUGAGAGGGGCAAAACCAGCGUCUUCGAUUCUGAGACUUCCAUGUUAUUGUUGCGCCGAAGGUUGUCGGAACAACAUCCACCAUCCGAGGUCGAGGCCAUUGAAAGACUUCAGAACUCUUCAGACACACUACAAGCGGAAGCACGGGGCGAAGCCGUUCGGAUGCCGGAAGUGCGGGAAGCCGUUCGCCGUCCGGGGCGAUUGGAGGACCCACGAGAAGAACUGCGGCAAGCUCUGGUUCUGUAUCUGUGGUUCUGACUUCAAGCACAAGAGAUCCCUCAAAGACCACGUCCGAGCCUUCGGCGAUGGCCACGCUCCUCACACCGUCGACAGCCGCGAUCCCCACCACCACCACCACGAACACGAAGAAGAAGAAGCUGACGUCGACGAAGACGAAGACGUCAACGACGAAGAAGACGAUGAUGAUAAUAACAGUGAAGUGUUCGUCUACAGCGGAAAUCAUGCCUCCAUUUACUUGUGACAUACACUCUCAAUAGUCUCGAGACAGUUUAAUUACAUGAUAUUAAAACUUUAAUAUAAUGCAGUACUGCUAGUUUAGUUUCUCUGUAAUUGAAACCCUAAGGAUUCAGAAAAUCAGAGCGACGGAUCUGAUCUAUAAUAUAUAUAUAUUUAUAUUUGUUUGCUGUUGAGUGUACAUAGUUAACGGGUAGUAUAGUAGGAGUUGGUUAAAGCCUUUUUCGUAGUGAAUAAGAUUUGGGAUGAUCAAUUAGAGAGCGUACGUUUGUCUUUGUGUGAUAGAGAGAGAGGUAGAGAGAGAGAAGAUGGAGACAAACAAUGAAAUGAAAGGUGAGGAUCUUUUGCAUUAAAUGCAGGUAGCAGUUCGAUAUAUUAUUAUCAAAGAGAGAGGGAGGAGAGAGAGAGAGAUGGAAUA